CGGGCAUGCUCAGUAGCAUUAGGUUGGAAAAAAUGUCGGUUUGGGUUUGCUAUACCGGCAACAGGAGGAAGACGAGCUGCCCUUCCUUUCUUCCUCCUCUCCGGCUCAGCUCAUCGUCCAGCAGCAAGACUUUGAAACGCUGCAGCCUGCUCGCAACAGAAAGUGCAAAGUGUAGUGCAUGAGCAAGCCGUGUGAGUGUGUGUGACUUUAUCUUAGUUGAAGAUUUUACAACGUUUUUGGUGUUCAACAUCAGGAAGUUUUACCUUGUGGUUUGGGUUUCUCCCCAUUAAAGCAUGUACAUGCAUGCUCAUCUGGUGUUUUUCUGUGGAGUCCAUCCACAAAUGGAUUGCCUGAGCCAGUUUGUAUGCCUGGAACUAUGUUGGGAAUAAGCUUAUGCCGGGAAUUCCCAGUCCUCCCUGUGUGGUUCAUGACUUCCAGAUUAAACUGUUCAGCCAAGUUAACAUCAUGAGCAGAAGUAAGCGUGAAAACAACUUCUACAGUGUAGAAAUUGGAGAUUCUACCUUCACUGUACUCAAACGAUAUCAGAAUUUAAAACCUAUCGGUUCAGGUGCACAGGGCAUAGUAUGUGCAGCCUAUGAUGCUAUCCUUGAAAGAAAUGUUGCAAUAAAAAAACUGAGUCGACCAUUUCAGAACCAAACUCAUGCCAAACGAGCUUACAGAGAGCUUGUUCUUAUGAAAUGUGUAAACCACAAAAAUAUAAUUGGCCUAUUGAAUGUCUUUACCCCACAGAAAUCACUGGAAGAAUUUCAAGAUGUUUACAUAGUGAUGGAGCUCAUGGAUGCAAAUCUCUGCCAGGUGAUUCAGAUGGAGCUUGACCAUGAACGGAUGUCCUAUCUCCUCUAUCAGAUGCUGUGUGGCAUCAAACAUCUCCACUCGGCUGGAAUUAUACAUAGGGAUUUGAAACCUAGCAAUAUAGUAGUAAAAUCUGAUUGCACUUUGAAGAUUCUUGACUUUGGACUGGCUAGAACAGCAGGAACCAGCUUUAUGAUGACACCUUAUGUAGUGACUCGUUACUACAGAGCACCAGAAGUCAUCCUAGGAAUGGGAUACAAAGAAAAUGUUGACAUUUGGUCAGUGGGGUGCAUCAUGGGAGAAAUGAUCAAAGGUGGUGUAUUAUUUCCUGGUACAGACCAUAUUGAUCAGUGGAAUAAAGUCAUUGAACAACUAGGGACACCAUGCCCUGAGUUCAUGAAGAAACUGCAACCAACAGUGAGAACAUAUGUUGAGAACAGGCCUAAAUAUGCUGGCUAUAGUUUUGAAAAGCUGUUUCCAGAUGUCCUGUUUCCAGUUGAUUCUGAGCACAACAAACUGAAGGCCAGUCAAGCAAGAGAUUUAUUAUCCAAGAUGCUGGUGAUAGAUGCGUCAAAAAGAAUCUCGGUAGAUGAAGCUCUUCAGCACCCGUACAUCAAUGUUUGGUAUGACCCAACAGAAGCAGAGGCACCUCCUCCAAAGAUACCAGACAAGCAGUUAGAUGAAAGAGAACACACAAUAGAAGAAUGGAAAGAAUUAAUUUACAAAGAAGUCAUGGACCUGGAGGAGAGAACCAAGAAUGGGGUUAUACGUGGACAGCCACCUCCUUUAGCACAGGUGCAGCAAUGAUCAAUGGCUCUCGGCAUCCAUCUUCGUCAUCAUCUGUCAAUGAUGUGUCUUCAAUGUCCACAGACCCAACGUUGGCCUCAGAUACUGACAGCAGUCUAGAAACAUCAGCAGGACCUCUGGGUUGCUGUAGAUGACCACAUCUACAGAUGUAGAUGCAUUGGGAGUACGGGUUUCAGUUACAGAAAUCAGUGGUAUUAUUUUGGGAUGUUUCCAGAAGUAAUUGUGGGGGUCAUUUCAAAGUGCUAAUUUUAAACUGUAAGUUGUAAACCACAAUGCUUUCCUGUAAUUGAUUGUACAGUAUUAAACCUAAUAAUUUUUAUCAUGGAUUUUAAAAUUACAUAUGUUUUACUACUGUGAUACUGAUUUUAUUUUUUUAAAUUGCAUUUGUAAGAUUUGCUUUAUUAAAUGUAACUGCCGUUCAGACUGUUAUAUCACAGCUUUAUUUAAUGGUAGGUUUUUGUUUUGUUUUUUCAACAUAAUUUGGGGUAGGUGGGUGUCUGUGUUAUCUUUUCAGACUUUUCCAGUCCAUAAAUAAGCUUCAUAUUUUCUUUUAAGCCAUGUGGCUGGUUAAAAAAAAAACUUGAACAAUACGUUCAAGUUACAGAUACAGGGAUGGCAGCCUUGAACAAAGAAAGCUUCUGUGGUGUAUGGGGAAUAUUAUGUAAAUUCUAGCAAUCUUGCAUCAGACAGCAACUUAUUGUGCAGAAGUUUGGCAUGAUUCAGCCAUCAUGAAUCAAGAUGACACUUGAUUGAAACACAACUUUGCAGUGCAAAUACAUUCUUUACUCCAAGCUGCCAUUAGCCUGGCUCUUCACUCUGACUCAUCCACAAUUAAAUUGCUCAACAACACGGAUUAAUAUUUUCCACAUUGCAUGUUAUUCUGUGGAAUUUGUUUCUCUACCUGUUCAUAAGAAAGUGUUUUGUAGCACCUUGAAGAUAAAUUAUUUUAGAAUACACAUUUAGGGGCUAUAAUCUACUUCACCAAAUGCAUAAAGAGUAGUCCAGUUCUUGGUUGGAAGCCCCCUCCCCCUCCCCUUCAGUGUUUUUUCCUCUCAAAUACUCCUAUAGCUUCCAGUUCUUUUAGUGAGUGUGUCUCAAUAAUGCGUGCUGCUGCAAACAAUGUUGAUCCAUUGUUCUGGAUCAACAACAAACACUUCUGGAUCAACAACUUUGAUAUUUUGACUUACAACCUUAUUGGACCAGCAUAGCAGAAAUUCCAAAAGCUGACAAGUCAAAGUAGUUUUCAGCACUGAUACAAUUUUCUAUAAGCCACCUUUAAAAAAAAGGAAAGGAAAGGAAAGGGGGGUAAAACAAUUCAUUAUGUAGAAAUGUUAAAUAAUAACAUAAAUGGUGCUGCUCCUCACAGAAGUAUGUUAAUUGUUUACAGCGUACAUUAUUGAAUGGUGUGUGUGUGUGCACGUGUGCACACAGCUGACUUAAGUUCUAUGUAUGAGUAAAACAGUCGUUGAGAAAUUAUGUAGUAGAAAAAUUCAAUGUUUUUGUGAAUUUAGGCUGUGAUGAUUAACUGCCUUGUGUAAAUAGAAGUAUUUUAUGUAGUAGAUUUAAAUAUGAACUAAAGUGUACAUCAGUACUGCCUACAGAAAACAAAUAUUAAACAGAAUAGCACAAGCAUCUUUUGGACACAA